AUGGCGCUUCCACCAGAGCAAAUUAACAUCAAGCGUCGGCGUGAGGAAGAGCCGGUCGAGACCCUAUUCAUUCAAUCUGCACUCCACCAAACCAAGCGGCGCUUCACCGACUUCGUUUUCCACAGAGUCACUCUGAAAGCUAGCGAGAGCACGAGUGCAGAUGCAUCUCCAAGCCCCCCAGCAACACCAGCCGCUCAGCGGCUCCUGCGCAGCCCGCGCUCAGUAAGCAGUCUUCAUGUAAACCGGCGGGCUCCGGCAUCCUCGAUGGGUGUGCCCAUGGUGCGGGCCACCUCGCCGGGAGCAGAAUUUCGCGAAGCGCAGCGCAUCAUAGCUGCACGCAAAGAUGUGGCAGAGAAGCACAAGCAUGCCGUUUACGGGGGUCCCAAUCCUUUUACUGAACUGCAGCCCAGCUCUGCGGCUAGCUCUGAUAUCACCCGUCAACCCACAGUACGCGACAGCAGCCCGGCGUCAGUAGAGACUUCUUCCAGCCGUGCGCAAGCCCUGCGCCGCUUCCAGAUCUCGCGCUCAAAUCUCGACUCCCUGAGAAGUUCCCCUGGGGGAAUACAGAAGCGACGCGCUGGUGGUCCGGCGCCUGGUGUGGCCGUUCUGGUCGAGCAGCUGCAGCGGAAUGCGCACUCGCGCAAAGCGUCUAUGGUCUCGGAUCUGGUGGCGGAAGCACAGUCUCUCUCGCUGAAGCCCAAAGAACUUGUUCAGGAUACAACGCCCCCGUCACCUGUUAAACCACGCAAGCGACCUGUCAUUAACCAGGCCGAGAAACGGUGGCGCGAGGAGCGCAAGGGUGUCAUCUCGGCUGCGAAACAGCAUCUGUCUGAUACCUUGGAAAAAUCCGCUCAGACACAACAGAGGAGCUGGGACCAGGAAGCCGAACGCCUGGCCCAUGAUUUAGAGCAGGUCGCGAUGGAGCUCGAGCUAGAACAUGACCAAGACCAUGGCAUGGACCUCGAUGUCCAGAUCGCUGGAAGACCAGCUCCUCCCCCGCCUGCAUCUUUGCAGCCUGCUUUCAGUGCCGCUCCUAAGCCCCCGUUGAAAUAUCAACCCCGACAACCCAAAGAACCAAGAGUCGCACCUACACCACUGCAGACUUCUGUGCAAACUGAACAGGCUGUGGAGGAGGAUGACGAAGGCGACUAUGUUUACGAUGUUUACGUCCGUCGUCCGCUAUCGGAAGCUGAGAUGCUGAAGAAUCCACUCGCCGAAUAUGAAUCCGAUCAGCAGCAAAAGGCGAUGGCCAAAUCCCAGCCUGGGGUGGGUGUCAUUGUCAUCACGGCCGAGGAUGAGGAAAUUUGGGAGGAGUUUAUAGAGGAUGACGAGGAGGAAUGGGAUAGUGAGGAUGCUGACUCUAAUGCCGAAAAUCACCCCGCCAACGAUUAUCCAGAUGAAGAAGCGUCAUCCGAUGACGACGAGUUUGACUUUGAUGAUUCAGCGAGCGAGGAUGGCGGGACUGGGUAUAUGUCUCGCUACCGCGGGCACGUAGACUCGGAUGAAGACUACUAA